AUGAUUGCUCAAUUUAUGAUGGAUCUAAAAACAGAUCAUCGUACAAGUCCUUCCCUGUACUUUCCGCACUCUCCGAAAUUGAGCGACAGCUGCCGACCCGAUUCGACUGACUCGGGAGUUCUGGAUCUAUCUAAGCGUCGUGAUUCCGUGGAUACUCGAAAAACUCCGUCACCAUAUGCUAGCUUCAGUGAAGAAGGUUCUCCGCCGUUGCACCGAUCGCAUCCCAGUAAUGCUCUUCUGAUCAACUAUCAUGCUGCGAUCCAUCAUCCUCAUCAUGAGCUACCGCUGAAAGCUCCACUGCCAUUCGAAUCACCGAACCAUCUGGAUAACAGCAGACUUCCACUUUCAUCGGGAUUCCAUCCCAGCCAGAGUCUACACUUGCCACAACACCCUAUCCUCCCAAAGCAAGAAAUCCUGCCCCAACGCCCAGAGCUUACGCCAUACCUGAUGCGACCAGAUGCCAUUCAACAGCAGUCCCAGUUUCAACACAGUCCGCUGCAUGCGUCCCGUGAACCAGAUUCUCUCUCCGAAUCCGGUUCGGAGGGCCAUGUCAUUCCCAGUGGCUUGAAAUUACCACUAAUCAAGCAAUCCAACGAAUCAUCCUCAAACGGACCGUACCCAAUGGUAGUAGGCCGUGACGGAAAACUCGCGCGUCCGUUCAAAGCAUACCCCAGAGAUCCACUUAGCCUUGCAGCCGGCUUCAUGGCCAGUGACUCCCUACUUGACGCCAACUCUGCCGAAAAGUACAACAUGUUCCGGAAGCGGAUGCUGGAGCAGAUUCACGCCGCCAAUGGCGGUCAUCCAACGAUUUCCAACCCGAAAAUGCGUCGCCUUAACAAAUCCCUCAGCGACACAUCGGAAACGGAGAGUGUUCCGGAUAAAAUGCCGGAACCAUCAUCGCUGCCGCCGAAAGCCCUUCCCUCCGAUCAGCACCCCAGCAGCGACGCCUUAACGGCCAAUCGCAACGCGCAGAUCGGAAGUAGCAACGACGCUAACGAUGGCAACAGCAGUAGCAAUGGCGGACCGGCAACCAAAGACUCCGCCUACUACGAGCGCCGCAAGAAAAACAACGCCGCUGCAAAGAAAUCGCGCGAUCGACGGCGCAUCAAAGAGGACGAAAUCGCCAUUCGGGCUGCCUUCCUGGAGCGGGAAAACAUCGAGCUGAAGUUUGAACUGGCCGCGGCGCGGAAGCAGCUGGCACUGUAUGGCGUGGUGACGGGAGGAUCGCCAUGAAGCGAUUGCGAUUGGAUUGGGUGGAUUCCAAAUUGUAAAUAGGUGUAAAGUUCCUUUGUUUGAGCCGAAGUUUCCUAAGAUUAGUGUGGAUAAGCGAACGAGACUGUAUAAUAUACUUAAAGACUGAAUAGUAUAAGAGUAUAAUUAGUAAUGAUAAUGA